UAUAAUAGCUUAACCUGUCUAUAUAAGCUCCUAAUAUGCUUCAAGCAAAGAUCAAUAACAAUAGCUUCUGAGUCAUACAUAUUCCUAGUGAAGUGACCAUGAAAUCGCAUGUUGCUCUAAUCCUGCUCUUUUCACUUGCCCUGUACACAAACAACACUGAUGCAAGAAAAGACCCUGGAGAAUACUGGAGAGGUGUGAUGAAAGAUGAGCCAAUGCCUGAAGCAAUCAAAAAUCUUAUGCAUCGGCAUUCAGUUCUUCAAUCCAAAGAGAAAACUGAUUGUUACACAUCAUCUUCUAUUGGAGGUGAAGCCUUUGAACCAAGGCCUAAUCUAUCUGUCUACCACGACGACGCCAACUUGAAAGAAGCUGAGAAAUCAUUAUUUACGAAAGACUCCGAGCCAAGGCCUAGUGCAACUCAAUAUCAUGAUGAUGACGCUGGUCUUAAACAAGAAAACUCCUUCGCCGAUGAUUUUGAGCCUAGGCCAAAUCUUUCUGUGUACCAUGAUUGAUAUUGCAUAUAAUGAGUAUUGUGUGUCUUUCUGCUUUGUGUUGGUGCUUUUAUGAAAUAAAGAUGUGUAACCACACUUGAUGGUUGUAUUGUAGUGUUCCUUAACUUUAUUAUAUGUUCUAAGCAAUGAUCGAUAUGCUUGGCUUCCUUA